GCUGGCUUUUUCAGGGGCUGGUUGCUCGCAGCCAGAGACGCUGCUUUUUUUUCCGGGUUCGGAGCCGUUCCGGAUGCUUUAGGCUGCCGGAUGUCUGAUCUCCGGAUAAGUGAGGCGUUUCUGUACAUGGAUUAUCUGUGUUUUAGAGCACUCUGCUGCAAGGGUCCACCGCCUGCACGCCCGGAGUAUGACCUGGUCUGCAUAGGCCUCACGGGCUCUGGCAAGACCAGCCUGCUGUCCAAGCUCUGCAGUGAAAGCCCUGACAGUGUUGUGUCAACAACAGGUUUUAGUAUAAAAGCAGUGCCAUUCCAGAAUGCCAUCUUGAAUGUAAAAGAACUUGGAGGGGCUGAUAAUAUCCGGAAAUACUGGAGCCGCUACUACCAAGGAUCUCAAGGGGUAAUAUUUGUAUUAGACAGUGCCUCUUCAGAAGAUGAUUUAGAGACUGCUAGAAAUGAACUGCACUCAGCUCUUCAGCACCCACAGUUAUGCACUUUACCCUUUUUAAUAUUGGCCAAUCAUCAAGACAAGCCAGCUGCUCGGUCAGUACAAGAGGUCAAAAAAUAUUUUGAACUUGAACCACUUGCACGUGGAAAACGCUGGAUUCUGCAGCCCUGCUCGCUGGAUGACAUGGAGGCACUGAAAGACAGCUUCUCUCAGCUGAUAAAUUUGUUAGAAGAAAAAGACCAUGAAGCUGUAAGAAUGUGAAAUCUGGUGAAGAAAAUGGGUUCCCACAAGGCCUUGAGCCUACCAUGUUAGUUUCUCCCUUUAAUUUUAUUUUGGUAUCUGGACUGUAAUGGCUUUAGUAUCUGUUUUCUUCCAGUUAUCUCAAACUCUCAUCUCUCUAUUAAAGUGAAUAUUCUGUAAAUCAGGUGACUUAUCGUCGGCAUUACCGUCAAGUACACACUACUGAGAGAGAAUUUAUUCUCUGUUUACCACUAAUUAUCUUCACCUCAUGUCUCUUCCUUCUGUUGUUCUAAGCGGCUCUUCUCUGUGCUAAAAUGGAUGGAAUUUGUGGCUCAUAGAAAUCAAAUCCCUUAUAGAGGACUCAGGGAGACUGAGAACCUUGGCUCACUUACCCUGGGUUUGGGCUGGAGUGUUGUGUGACUGGCAUUCCCCAUAAUAUGUGUAUCAUUUUCAAAAUCUCUUUGUGGUUUUAUCUUAUUUUUAAGUUUUUUGUAUACUGGCCUUAUAGCAUAUGGGAAAAAAUAAGCACCAAAAACUUCAGUUAAUUACCUUAUCAGAAAGGAAUAUCCUUGCCAUAGUAAAAUUGACUUCAAAGAACUUAAAGACAAGAUGCCUAAUUUUUUUUAAUUACAUCUAAAGUCUCCCUCAGUCUGCUCUUUGCUAAGAGCAAAGACAUUAUUUCCACUUCUGAGAAGAGCUAGAGGAAAUGUAGGCACAGUGUAUGCAUCACUGUUCAUCAAGUCCUCAAAUAUUUUUUUAAUGGAAAAAUUACCCAACAUUAAGUCAAGCUGCAGUGUAAUAUGUUUCUGAAAACCUUUUUCUAAAAAUCUUAUGUCUGAUUGAUAUAGAGAAAGUAAUUUUUAAAAUAAUAGACAAAACUUUUUAAAAACAGCCAAAUGAAGUAUGGUUUAUACUGGCUAGGGCUUAAGCUGGCAUGAUUUGACAGAUAAUAAAGGCAGAAUCAUCUGUAUCGUCAUUCAGUAAGUGCUAAUGUAGGUUAAUGGAGUCUGUCAAUGUCUCCAUCCAGUAAUUAAAGGUCUAUCAGUAUUUCUACUAUAAACCUCUAUUUUCAGGGGUUUCAGUAUGCCCUUAAUAAUGUGCUAGGGCUGCAGCAAAUAAAUAAUUUUAAGGCCUAGAUUCAGUCUUUGAAACUGUUUUUUUGUUUUUGUUUUUGUUUUCUGCAUUUAGUUUAAAUGAUAAAAUUGUACAGAGAUAAAUGUACAGUUUUACAAAGUUUUGGCACCUUUGGCUUUUUCUAAAUCAGGAAUAAUCUAUGGAUAUUGAGGUUAAUGGAUAGAAUACCCUUUGGCACAUUUUGUAGAUUUUUGACCAUUUAAACUACAAAGUGAACAAAUGAGAGAAAACUGCUCCUUUCACCUGAGCAAUAAAAACAUGUUUGGAAUUUUUUUUCCAUUGACUGAUUCCCAAAUACCACAGACUCGCAUUCUAUUACAAGGUGAUGUACUACCUUGUAAUUCUCCAGAAGAUAUAUGUCAUUCAGAUACAGUUUUUGUGGUUUGAUCUUGUGGGUGAAUUUUAAGGAAAUCAUUACCUUUGGAACAUCGAACACUUCUUUUAAGCUUUCCUUUUUUUUUUUAAAUGAAAUGGAUCCAAAAAGAUUCAUAUUCAGAUUUGGUCUGCAGCAUCCUGGAAUAUUUUUAAAAUGUAACCCAUGAGCAGCACAAAACUUUUAUUCCAAUAACCACUUGCACAAUCCCUGCUUUUAUUUUGUCCUGUUGUGCUCAUCUUCUAUGAAAAAUAAAUGAUUAUUAGGCAUUGCUUUCUCUGCACGUUCAUUAAAUGUACAAUGUUGUCUUUUUAAGAUACCGUAGCUGAGUGCUCCUAAGCCAUCUGUUAAAUGACUUCCCGUUGUCUGUGUGUGUGUUCAUGUGUGCACCAGGGAUGGGCUUCUUCUCAGACCCACGACUGUCUGCAGUGUCUCAGCCGUCAGAAUGAAAACAUUAUCAAUCAGUACCCAACAACAGCUGUUUUUGACAAGUUUCUGUCUGACGCCUAAUGCUUUACAACUGUCAAUAAGGCUCCUUCUUUGUCUAGCAGUUCAGAGCUCGCCGUCUUGCUGCUUCCAUGCAGCAUCCUGUCCUUGUAACCCUAGAAUUUGCUGUGUUUGGGAAAUCCAC